UCACAGCCGCUUCAGUGACAGAUUUAGCCGACAUUGCCUCUGCCAACUCUCCACGUCUCUUUGUAUGUCAUAUGACAUCUUGAUUUCGUCCUCUAGUUGGGUAGUAUAGCGUUGUUCAUCCUUCAGCUCCUCCCUCCUCUUCCCCUCACUGCUUACUUGGCCCUGUUACCAUGGCGGAGGAUAGUUCUCCGGGGGAGCAAUCGCCCAUCACCUUCCACGUCAAAUCUUCAAAUGAUGUCAAAUACACUCUGACGCUGGAUCCGUCGACUACUAUAGCUGAUCUCAAAGCAAAAUUAGCUGGUUCGGACUAUGCAGAUGUUCCAGCAGAACGACAACGCUUGAUCUAUUCUGGUCGGGUGUUGAAAGAUGGUGAUACGCUAGCUACUCAUAAUGUUAAGGAUGGCCAUUCAAUUCACCUUGUCAAGAGUGCCAUUAGCAAUCAGCGCCCAGCUCCUCCAUCCCAGGGCUCCAGUACCACUGCGGGCGACCGAACCCGAACCUCGGGCCUCCCCAACGUACCAACCAACAUCGCGGCUGGAACGGGAAAUAAUCCACUAGCAGGACUCACAGGGGCAAGAUAUGCUGGAUUUGCGCAGUUACCAGGCGCGGGUAUGUUUGGACCUGAUGGUGGUAUGGGGCCCCCUCCAGAUUCGGAAGAAAUUAUUAGAAUGCUCGAAAACCCGCAAUUUCAGUCUAGUAUGAAUGAAGCCUUACAAAACCCUCAACUUAUUGAUAUGAUGAUUCAACAAAAUCCGAUGCUGCUGGAAAUGGGGCCUGGGGUUCGCCAAAUGAUGCAGUCUCCAUUAUUCAGACGAAUGUUGACUGAUCCAAAUGUGAUCCGCCAAAUGACUCAAAUGCAAAGGGCUAUGGGUAUGGGCGGAGGUGGAGGAGCUGGCGGUGGCAGCGCAUUUCCCGCCCCAGGUGUAACAAACACAACCCCCGAGGAGAGCCGUGGUACUCAUGAUAAUCAAAACCCAUCUUCUAAUACCGCCAACGAUACUGCAAAUAUGUUCAACUUGUUUGGUAUGCCAGGAGCCCAAGGUGGUGCUGGUGGUGGAAAUCCAUUCGCCGCUCUCUUUGGUGCCACUCCACCAUCUGGCGCAACUUUACCCACACAAACACCUACAGGUGAUAACAAUGCAGCUAAUACGGGAACUGCUCCACAGCCAAACCCAUACGCAUUCCUACUUAGUCCUGCUUACCUCGGCCAACCUCAAACCAACGCGAACAACCAAAACCAGCAGCAGCAACCCCAAAACCCCUCUAACCCCUUCGCAGCACUACAAGACAACCCAUUCAUCCAAGACCCCAAUUUAUUCACUCAGAUGUUACAAACUCUAAAUGGCGGUGGCCAAAACCCACCCUCUUCCAACAUAGACCCAGCCAACAAUCCGCUUGCAACUUUGUUCGGAGGUGGAGGUGCUGGCAGCCCAGCACCCCAGGAUACCCGGCCGCCAGAAGAAAGAUAUGCAGAACAACUGAGACAACUAAAUGAUAUGGGCUUUUAUGAAUUCGAGCGGAAUAUUGAGGCUCUGAGACGGACGGGCGGGAGUGUGCAAGGCGCGGUUGAAUAUUUACUCAACCAUCCAUGA